ACGAGACAACUGAUAUACUAUACGAGCGAUGGUUUUAUUGCGAAGACUUGGGAACACAAUUAGUGCCAAUCAUUAAACAAUUUCAGGCAUCAGAAGAGUGUAAAACUGGGAAACCAUCUAAAACUAGGAACUGCCCCCUAUUCUGAUGAUAUAACUCGACAAAUGAUGAGACCUUUUGAUUUGAGAGAAUGGCUUAAAAACAACGCCAAAGAGAUCGAUGAGAAUGGCUUUAAGCCGUUGUUUGACAAUAGUUUUCAAUCAAAAAUCACUGUUUUUGGUGGCAAUAAAACUCAUGAAAUGAAGAGUCCUUUCGAAACAUUCGUCUUACAAGUGAAUUUAAUGAAUACUAUAUCGAAAAAUGAUUCAAACGUUAUAAUUAACAACAAAUGCAUUCAAUUAGUCGCCGGAAAUACAAUCCUCGUCCCCAAAGACAUGAGUAGACGCCAAUUGUUCAUUGAAGUCAGUUCUUGGAAGCUAUACACUGGCCGUUACAAUGCCUUCAAUGCCAUCCAAUUCACUGUAAUUCAGCUGAAAAUAUCUUAAAUUGAGAUAAAACUAGAAGAAA